UUUCGUCUUUUUAGGAAUUGAUAUGUCUCCACUUCUUACAGGCUACCUAGAAAGAUUCCCACUCUCUUUAUGUACUCUAGGACAAAAUACACACCGUGGAUUAUCACUCAUCUUAAUGUCCCACUCAUAAAUCCACGGCUGAGAUUAACUUUGCUCCUCUUCUUCUUCACUUCACUUCACUUAGAACCUGAGCUUUCAACAAGUUUUCUGAAAAGUAAAUGAGCAUGGAUCCAAGAUUAACAAGUUUUACAAGUUCAAUGAAUGGAAUCAAAAUGGGAAAUCAAUCUGUAUUUGAUAACUCAUUUCAAGAUCUUACUGGGUUUCCUUACAGCCAUCCCAUUCCAUCAAAUCCAAAUGGAAAUGGUGGAGAACAUUCCCCUGAAGAUUGUGAUUUUUCUGAUACAGUUUUGAGUUAUAUUAGUCAAAUUCUUAUGGAAGAAGAUAUUGAAGAUAAAACUUGUAUGCUUCAACACUCUAAUUUAGAUCUUCAAGCUACUGAGAAAUCAUUUUAUAAUGUCCUAGGCAAGAAUUAUCCCCCUUCCCCCGAACCAAAUCGACCUUUUUUAAGUCGAAAUGAUAGUUCCUUCGGUAAUUGGAGUACUAGUAGCGGCUAUAUAGAGGAUAAUCGAUGGAUUAGUAAUCUUUCUUAUAAUUCGUUCACACCGCAAUGCAUUAGUGUUGCUAGUAAUGGCUCAUCGAACAGUGUGAUCUCUAGUGAUUCUCCGAGCAGUAUGAUUCAAUUUGGUAACUGCUGGAAUGUUGAGAACCAGCCCGUUUUGCAGUUUAUGAAGGGGAUUGAAGAGGCUAGCAAGUUUCUUCCAAAUGGGGAUGAUUUGUUUCGUAAUAUUGCAGUCAAUAGGUCAGUGAUUGGUAAGAUUAUAGUCAAGGAAGAGGGAAAGGAAGGUGGUGGAGAGUUUUUGCCUAGUGGGCGAAGGGGAACGAAGAAUCUGCACGGGGAGGAUGGAUUUCAUGAAGAUGAAAGGAGUAGCAAGCAACCGGCUGUUUAUGUUGAUUGUGACAUGGAAGAACAUGUGAUUGACAAGUUGUUGCUUUACACUGCUGGAGAAGGUCAGAAAGAUUUCUCUGAUCUUUGUGAGUCGCUGAAGAAUGCGUCGAUAAAAAGUGAGCCUAACACGCAACCUAAGGGGUCAAAUGGUGGAAAACGUAGAGGUAAGAAACGUCAAGAGAAAAAGGAAGUGGUGGAUUUGAGAACUCUUUUGAUUUAUUGUGCACAAGCUGUUGCUGCAGAUGAUAAUAGGAGAGCAAAUGAAUUGAUGAGGCGGGUUAGGCUGCAUUCUUCGCCUUUUGGUGAUGGGAACCAGAGAUUGGCUCAUUGCUUUGCGGAUGGUCUUCAGGCACGUCUGGCUGGGACUGGAAGCCACAUUUAUAAAGGCAUUGUUAGCAAGCGAACGUCUGCUGCCAAUGUCUUGAAAGCUUAUCAUCUUUAUCUUGCCGCAUGCCCUUUCAGGAAGCUAACAAAUUUUGUUUCUAACAGGACAAUACUAGAUGUAGCAUCACAUUCGAUGAGACUUCAUAUUAUAGAUUUUGGUAUCUUAUAUGGUUUCCAGUGGCCUACUCUUAUUCAAAGGCUUUCAUGGAUACCAGGAGGACCACCAAAGCUCCGAAUUACUGGAAUAGAAUUUCCCCAACCUGGCUUCCGUCCAGCAGAACGAGUUGAGGAAACUGGGCGCCGGUUAGCAAUUUAUGCUAAGAAGUUCAAUGUGCCAUUUGAGUACAUUGCCAUUGCCAAAAGAUGGGAAACCAUAAAACCAGAGGAACUUAAGAUUGACAGAGAAGAAGUCCUCUUUGUCACCUGUUUUUAUCGAGCUAAGAACUUACUUGAUGAAACAGUUACAGUGGAUAGUCCAAAAGACAUUGUUAUUAGAUUAGUAAAGAAGAUAAAUCCUAAAAUCUUCAUUCAUGGAGUAGUUAAUGGGGCCUACAGUGCCCCAUUCUUUGUUACACGUUUCCGAGAGGCUCUAUAUCACUUCUCUUCAUUAUUUGAUAUGCUCGACUCUAUUAUACCCCGUGAUGACAUAGAGCGAAUGCUAAUUGAGAAAGAAAUCAUCGGCAGGGAGGCGUUGAAUGUUGUUGCCUGUGAGGGAUGGGAAAGAGUUGAGAGACCAGAAACAUACAAGCAGUGGCAGGUCCGCUGCAUGAAGUCUGGGUUUGUGCAGUUGCCUUUUGACCGUGAGAUUGUGAAAGUAGCAACACGAAAAGUGAGGAAUCUUUACCAUAAAGAUUUCCUAAUUGAUGAGGAUGGACGGUGGCUAUUACAGGGAUGGAAGGGGCGGGUUAUUUACACGCUAUCCGCCUGGCGACCGACAGAAGAAGCUUGAAACCAUGGUUAUUUUCACUUAUAGCUGUGCUCUCCCUUUUGAGGUGGUUUUACCUAAAGACAGCUCAGAAUCUCAGGCAAUUCCUAUAUGAUUUUAAUGGCCGAAUGACCUAUGAAAGACUACAAUUAGAGAUAUGUGGACUGUUGUGGUUAUGAGUAACACACAUAAUCAUGUCUGAAGUUUUAAUCAUUUGAUCAAAAGCUUCCACGGGGUAUAGGACGUAUACUAUAAGUAAACAGCAGAAAGCAAGGAGCAGAAACUUGCUGAGUAGUGGCAAGCCAAGCAUUUACGUUUUUCCAAGUUUCUCGAGCAAAUGGCGUGCAGACCGAGGCAUGGAGAGCCUAAUGGACGGUAAGAAGAAUUGUUGGCUUGCUGGUUUCAGAAAUGGUGGGGAAUUUUACUUAUGGAUGUCUAGUUAUGUAAUGUCUGCUUCUGGAUUGGAAUUCUUGAAUGCAAGAAUAGAGUAUGAAUACUAUAUGAUCAGCUAAAGAAGGGAAAAAAAGAAGCAUUGCUGAGAACGACCAUAGGAGCAAAGACCAUAGGAGCAUUAUUGAUGACGACCAUAGGAGCAUAAUUGGCAGCAGCGGUGGUAGAAAUAUUGUGGGAAGCAUUGUUGCCGAUAACAAUUCUACCAAAAGGACCGUUGUUGAUGACGACAAUAAGGGGAUUAUUGGCAGCGGCCGUAGUAUAAACAUUGUUGGCAGCAAUAGGGGCAUUGUUGCAAAUAACAGUUCUGCCGGAAGGACCGUUGUUGACGAUGACGAUGUAAACAUUAUUGGUAGCUGCGGUGGUAGGAACAUUGUACAGCAGCAAUAGGGGCGUUGCUACCGGUAACAAUGCUGGUGUAAGGAGCGUUGUUGACCGCGAUAUUGUUAGGUCCAUAACCAGCAUAAGCCGGUGAAGCUACCCCAUAACCUACGGGUCCAUUGCCAAAGAAAUUUGGUGGAUAACCAGAUGAUGAUCGAAUGCAAUACGAAUAGCUGCAGGUUGAUGCAAACUGAGUAUCCUGCUCGGAACGAUCAUCACCAUAAUGCUCAUCAUCAUCGUAAUACUGCUCGGAAAGAUCAUCACCAGCAUACUGCUCGGAAAGAUCAUCAUCAGGUUGAAUAUUUGGAAGGUCUACAUUAGACUUUUGCCGCUUGUCCAAACGAAUAUCCUCCUCCUGAUCUGGCUCCACAUUCGGAUUACCGCCAUGGUCACUUUUUGGAAUUGCUUUGGGUCAAGAGGGCCUGAAUCUUGGUGUCUAUAUGCCACAUUGUGUAGGGUUUAUAUAGGAUGUGGGAUCUUCAACACUGUGAUAAAGCAAAUGAUUAAGCAGUUCAUGGCGGCUCUAUGUUGCUUAUUACUUCA